CACCGCCAAUAAACACUAAAGAAGAAGAAAAAGAAAGAAGAGGAGCCAGGCAGAGGAAAGAUGGCAGCCGCGGCAGUGGCUGAAUUUCAGAGAGCACAGUCUCUUCUCGGAACAGACCGGAAUGCCUCUAUUGAUAUCCUACAUUCAAUAGUGAAGCGGGACAUUCAGGAGAGUGAUGAGGAGGCGGUGCGUGUCAAAGAGCAGAGCAUCCUGGAGCUGGGCGGCCUGCUUGCCAAAACAGGACAGGCAGCAGAGCUUGGGGGUCUGCUGAAGUAUGUGCGCCCGUUCCUCAACUCCAUCUCCAAGGCCAAGGCGGCCCGGCUGGUCCGCUCCCUGCUUGACCUCUUCCUGGACAUGGAGGCUGCCACGGGUCAAGAGGUGGAGCUCUGUCUUGAGUGUAUAGAGUGGGCCAAGGCUGAGAAGAGGACCUUCCUUAGACAGGCGCUAGAGGCUCGUCUCAUCUCAUUGUAUUUCGACACAAAGCGCUACCAGGAGGCACUACAACUUGGCUCCCAGUUGCUGCAAGAGCUUAAGAAGAUGGACGACAAGGCCCUGCUGGUGGAGGUCCAGCUCCUGGAGAGUAAGACUUACCACGCACUCAGUAACCUGCCCAAGGCCCGCGCCGCCCUCACCUCUGCCAGGACCACCGCCAACGCCAUCUACUGCCCACCCAAACUACAGGCAGCACUAGACAUGCAGUCAGGGAUCAUUCACGCAGCAGAGGAGAAGGACUGGAAGACGGCCUACUCCUACUUCUAUGAGGCCUUCGAGGGCUACGACUCUAUCGACAGCCCAAGAGCCAUCACAGCGCUCAAAUACAUGCUGCUGUGCAAAAUCAUGCUUAACGCGCCAGAGGACGUCCAGGCUCUCAUCAGUGGUAAACUAGCACUGCGGUAUGCUGGACGACAGACAGACUCGUUGAAAUGUGUGGCACAAGCCAGCAAGAACAGAUCGCUCGCAGACUUUGAAAAGGCACUAACAGAGUACAAAGCAGAGCUGAGGGACGACCCCAUCAUCAGCACCCACCUGACCAAGCUGUAUGACAACCUGCUGGAGCAGAACCUCAUCAGGGUCAUCGAGCCUUUCUCUAGGGUCCAGAUAGCACACAUUUCCACCCUCAUCAAACUCUCUAAGGGAGACGUGGAGAGGAAACUAUCACAGAUGAUUCUGGACAAAAAGUUUCACGGUAUUUUGGACCAAGGUGAAGGUGUACUGAUCAUCUUCGAUGAACCACUUGUGGACAAGACGUACGAGGCAGCCCUGGAGACCAUUCAGAACAUGAGCAAAGUGGUGGACUCACUCUACAACAAAGCAAAGAAGCUAACAUAGAGAGAGUGGAGCAUCAGCCCCCCUGUCGGGAGUGACGCAGGCCAGUCAGACUUCUGUUGAUCACUCACUCCAACCCAGUAGGGAAGAGGGGAGGAGGAUGAGGGGAUUACAGACACUUCACAACCCAGCAAGCAAAUAAACCAGCUGAUCAACUGAAAACGACCUAACAGAGCACCAAACUGGCAGGAAUACGCUGCCCUCUCUUCUUCCUCCUCCAGCCCUCUGCUCCCCCCUGCCUCCUUUCAUUCUUACUUUCUUCAGAUCUGACUGGGUUUGAUCUGACACAAAGUGCUCCUCCCUAUGGACAAAUCCAGACACUGCGCUCCUCUUCUCCCACCACUGGUUUCUUUGUAAAAACUGGGCAGCCUCCUUUUUCCCUCUUUUUUUCUGUGUUUCUCUCUGCGCUGGCCAUCAGGGAAUCGUGUAAAAUAACAAUAAAGAAUACAUAUACAGUACUUAUACAUACAUGUAUGACAAAAAAAAUCAAAACAAAACAAAAAAAAAAAAAAAACAUGCUCGGUCUGUUCAGAGUGUAAGGGGGAUUAAAAGUGAGUUGGUUGGCCUGUCUCUGUCACUGGACUCACUGCCGGGUCCGUUCGGCUCUGUUUGCUCCAUUUGCCAACCACCUUCCGAACCUUUUACGAGUUGUUGUUUUUUUUUUAUUUUUCUGUUUCACUGCGGUUGUGAAGAACUGACUCGCCCUCCUGCAGUUAACCAGCUCACCUUCAACUGUUUUCAGAAAUGCAGGACAUGAGCUCUGCCCUGCCCUCUCCCCUCCUCACCACUUCCUCAUUGCAAACUUUGCCCACCCCCCUCCUAGGCCCUUCACUCCCAGCAGUCUCGCUCAUUCACAAGGCAUUCUGGGAUUUGUGGAGCGGACUUGGAAGCACCCAACUGUCACCCCCUGGGACCACGCCACAAGAAGAGGACAUUCGUCACCAUGUUGGGUUCUUCAUCUCCCACCCUCCCCUCCCCCCUGCACUCACACUUCCUGUUUGUAUAUAAUUAUUGCCAAGCGCCUCUGAUCAUCCAAGGCCUGAUGUAUUCACACUGUCCCCUUUUUUUAUAAUGCUUAAGAACAGAAUAAACCUCCCCACAGAGAGAGCUUGGUCAGUCACACAAAGUGCUUUUGAUGCUCUUGUUUGUAUGGGACGUGACUGGAGAGAGCUCUUCGCAUUAUGAGAUGCUUUGUCGUGUAGAAAGGGGCAGGAUCUGGUUGGAAAAAAAAAAUCAAGCUGUAAGUUUCUGGGGAUUUAAUUUUGCAAGGACUCAAGGGUUUACCAUAUAUGACAUAGAGAAAGACAAAUGCUAAUAAAAAAAAAAAAU